GAGAGGUGUAGGUGAACGAGAUCAAGCCAGUGACAGCAGAAGAACUUAAGUUUUUUAAAAAAUAAUUAUCAAGUGACACUGGCCACAGUGUGCUGAGUAAGCCAUACGAUGUCCCUGAAGCCGCGGGUGGUGGAUUUUGAUGAGACAUGGAACAAGCUCCUGACGACAAUCAAAGCUGUGGUGAUGCUUGAUUACGUGGAAAGAGCCACAUGGAAUGACCGCUUCUCUGACAUUUAUGCUUUGUGUGUAGCCUACCCAGAACCCCUCGGAGAGAAAUUGUACACAGAGACGAAAAUUUUCUUGGAAAACCAUGUUCAACAGUUGUACAAGAAGGUGCUGGAGUCAGAGGAGAAGGUUCUGGUGAUGUACCAGAGAUACUGGGAAGAGUACAGCAAGGGUGCGGACUACAUGGAUUGUUUAUACAGGUACCUCAACACGCAGUUCAUUAAGAAAAACAAACUAACCGAAGCGGACUUGCAGUAUGGCUAUGGAGGAGGGGUUGACACAAACGAGCCACUCAUGGAAAUAGGGGAGCUGGCACUGGACAUGUGGAGGAAGUUGAUGAUCGAACCCUUGCAGGCCAUCCUGAUCCGGAUGCUGUUGAACGAGAUUAAAAAUGACCGCUGUGGUGAGGACCCGAAUCAGAAGGUAAUCCACGGGGUUAUCAACUCCUUUGUUCACGUUGAACAGUACAAGAAAAAGUUUCCUCUUAAGUUUUAUCAGGAAAUCUUUGAAGGGCCGUUUCUGACGAAAACAGGAGAGUACUACAAACAGGAAGCCUCCAAUUUACUGCAAGAGUCAAACUGCUCGCAGUACAUGGAGAAGGUCUUGGGGCGGUUGAAAGACGAGGAGGUGCGGUGUCGGAAGUACCUGCACCCCAGCUCCUACGCCAAAGUGAUCCACGAGUGUCAGCAGAGGAUGGUGGCCGACCACCUGCAGUUCCUGCAUGGGGAGUGCCAGAGCAUCAUCCGGCAGGAGAAGCGAGGCGACAUGGCAAACAUGUACACCCUGCUACGGGCCGUCUCCACGGGCUUACCUCACAUGAUCCAGGAGCUCCAGGUCCACAUCCACGACGAGGGCCUCCGAGCCACCAGUAACCUCUCUCAGGAAAACAUGCCAACCCAGUUUGUGGAGUCAGUCUUAGAGGUCCACAGUAAAUACGUUCAGCUCAUCAACACCGUCUUGAAUGGGGAUCAGCACUUAAUGAGCGCACUGGACAAGGCUUUGACGUCAGUCGUUAACUACAGAGAGCCAAAGUCCAUCUGCAAAGCCCCUGAACUGCUUGCCAAGUACUGUGACAGUCUGCUGAAGAAGUCUGCAAAGGGACUGACGGAGAACGAGGUGGAGGACAAGCUGACCAGCUUCAUCACAGUAUUCAAGUACAUUGACGAUAAGGACGUCUUUCAGAAGUUUUACGCGCGAAUGCUCGCCAAGCGGUUAAUACACGGCCUGUCCUUGUCUAUGGAUUCAGAAGAAGCCAUGAUCAACAAACUAAAGCAAGCUUGCGGGUAUGAGUUCACGAGCAAACUGCACCGAAUGUACACGGACAUGAGCGUGAGCGCCGACCUGAACAACAAGUUCAACAACUUCAUCAAAACCCAGGAGACGGCCAUCGAUCUGGGAAUCAGCUUUCAGAUCUAUGUACUUCAGGCGGGGGCCUGGCCCCUCACGCACGUCCCCACCUCCACCUUCGCCAUCCCGCAGGAGCUGGAGAAGAGCGUACAGAUGUUUGAGUUGUUUUACAACCAGCACUUCAGUGGGAGGAAGCUGACCUGGCUACACUAUCUCUGCACGGGCGAGGUGAAGAUGAACUACCUCUCCAAGCCCUACGUUGCCAUGGUCACCACCUACCAGAUGGCCGUGCUGCUGGCCUUCAACAACUGCGAGAGGGUGAGCUACAAGGAGCUCCAGGACAGCACCCAGAUGAACGAGAAGGAGCUGACCAAGACCAUCAAGUCCCUGAUGGACGUCAAGAUGAUAAACCACGACUCAGAAAAGGAGGAUGUAGAGGCAGAAUCCACGCUCUCGCUGAAUAUGACCUUCACCAGUAAAAGGACAAAGUUUAAAAUCACCACGUCAAUGCAGAAGGACACACCACAGGAAAUGGAGCAGACGAGGAGUGCCGUGGACGAGGACAGGAAGAUGUAUCUGCAAGCAGCUAUAGUCCGAAUCAUGAAGGCUCGCAAAGUGCUGAGACACAACGCGUUAAUCCAAGAGGUCAUAAACCAGUCCAAAGCCAGAUUCAACCCCAGUAUCAGCAUGAUAAAGAAGUGCAUCGAGGUUCUGAUCGACAAACAGUACAUCGAGCGGAGCCAAACCACAGCGGACGAGUACAGCUACGUGGCGUGAUUCAGGAAGUCCUGUGGGCCUGCCCUGAGAACGGAGAGCGUUUAUUUUGGCUGUCCCUGCCUGGCCGUGCUCCUCCUGGAGGAGAGGGGAGGGGAGAGGGGUGGAGCAGAACUGUGCCCGCAUCACAGGAACGUCCACUGAGUGACCCGACAGCUCCCGCCCGAUUUUUUUUGUUUUUUUUAAACGCCGUUUAUGACAUCGCCAGUGCCACGCCUCGCGUGUCAAGGGAACAGCCUACAGCCACUCGAGUGCAAGCGGAACCUAUCUUUUCAGUUUGCAGGACCGGGGGGGAACAGAAUUGCGAGGGGACGAGUGUGGAGGUCACAGGAAUUGUGGAAUGUCUAGGGGGAAACCAUGUUUUCUCUUCUCACGUUUGCAGUUGUGUUUUUUUUAAAUGUAUCAAGGCAAGGAAACGAAACAUUGUAAUAAAACAGUAUAUCGAUAAUUGUAUUUACCUUCAAAUGUAAAGAGAACAAAAAAAAAAAAGACAAACAUGAUCUUGCUGCUUGUCAAAUAAA